AUGGAGGAUCUGACAGUAAACUACAAUAAUAUUAUCACAAAGUUCACUGAGUACACAAGUGUGAAGAAGUCCGAAGUCGAUUUGAAACAAAAACAACUCGAAGUAGAGGAGAUUAAGGCAAAAGCUGCAUUGUCCAAAUCUGAAGCUAAGAAUCGUUGCUUGAAGUUGAAGGAGUACGAAAUAUUGAACAAAGACACUUCGCAGAUGACAAAGGAGCAACUUAUCAUACAUGAAUGCCUAUGCAACUCUAGCUCAAGUUCCAGCUCGACAAGCGAAGACGAAGUCCAUGUUGAAAUCGAUGAGCAAGCUUAUGAUCCGGGUGAAGAACUGAUGUUAUUGGUUCUUCAACAACACCAACAACUUAUGGAAGCAUAUCAGAGGAGGGACACGCGCAGAAGAAGGUUCGUCCAAAGAAAUCGUGAAGCCGGGCAUGAGAGACUCGUCAAUGAUUAUUUCUCUAUAACCCCGGUGUAUCACGAUGAAAUAUUUCGAAGACGAUUUCGAAUGCGAAAAGAGUUAUUCCUCCACAUAGUGAAUGCAUUAGAGAAUCAUUCAGCAUUUUUUCAACAAAAGAACGAUACUGUACGAAGAAAAGGAUUGUCACCACUACAAAAAUGCACCUCUACGAUUCGUCAACUGGCUUACGGAGUCCCCGCCGACCAUCUUGACGAGUACCUACGUAUGAGUGAAUCAACUGCCAUCAGGUGCCUUUUCAAGUUCUGCGAAUACAUUGUUGAAAUAUUUGGUGAUAGGUACUUGAGAAGGCCAAAUGCUGAUGAUGUUCAACGUCUUCUUCAAAUGCAUGAUGAGAGACAUGGCUUUCCUGUUGCUUGGAAAGGUCAAUUUACAAGGAGACAUGGGUCACCAACAAUCGUACUUGAAGCAGUCGCGUCUCAUGACUUGUGGAUAUGGCAUGCAUUUUUUGGGGUCGCCGGUUCACGUAACGAUAUUAACGUGUUAUAUGAAUCUCCCAUAUUCAACAACGUCUUGCAAGGAAAUAUGCCGGAGAUUAAUUUCACGGUGAACGACACUGCAUAUACGAAGGGCUAUUAUCUAACAGAUGGAAUAUAUCCCGAGUGGGCUACUUUUGUUAAGGCUUUUCCUUGCCGGGAGGAUCCCAAGAGGAAGUUGUUUAAGGAAAGACAAGAGUCUGCAAGAAAAGAUGUUGAACGUGCAUUUGGGGUGCUCCAAUUUCGAUGGACGAUUGUCAGAGGUCCAGCUCGAUUGUCAAUGUCCUCUCAAGAAUAG